AUGAGUCGCAACGUAACGAGAGGAUUUUCGUCCGCCUCGAAAACUUUGAUAAACUAUAUCGGCACUCCUGUGGAACAGAUCGCAGCUUCAAACAAGGGAGAUGGUGAAGAUUGGAAAUCCUCAGCCACUACUGCCUGCAACUCAAUUGAGAUAGCCGAGCCACGAAUUACUCAAGCCGAGCUUCAGGGCUCUGUCGCUCAUUACUCAUCCAAGGAUAAAAGUGAUAGGCAGAAGGUACUCACGGUGGGUCUGAAAACCAACAAUGGUACACAGGUGGGAGCAAUUCAUGUACAUGUCGAUGGCACAUGGAAAUUAUUUCCCAAUCGUGCCGGGAGAGAGGGUGGAUACGCUGCCAACAUCGCCAAAGCCAACAUUCCAGGCUAUAUCCCAGAAUAG